GCUGCAUCGAACACGGAGGUGGAAGAAGAAGAAGAACACGUAGAUAUAUUGACGUACAUGACUGCCUUCCACUGAAGUGAUCUACGUCCGCAUGAUGAAACAUUCUGCAGGAAAAACGUCCAGCAGGAAGAACACCCUCCGAUACACACACCAUUCCACAUCAGCCUCGAGCGCGGCGCACUCAAGGUCUGGCAUGAAACCUGUUUUACCUCGCGGAGGCACCACAAUGCAAAGGAAGCGGUCAGUUCAUGUAAAACGCAGAGAAACGAAGCAAAUAACGUCCAGCAGCUCACCGACGUCAACCAGUUCGGUACGGAGAAGAAGAUACCGCUUACGGCGAAGACACGCAGAACGCGAUGAGGUGGGAAGAAUAUCCAAGUUAUCCAGAGACAACGCACCGAAGGCUACGGUUGGAAGAUCAAGUAGAAAAGGGGGAAAAGGCAGCGCACAAGAAGAACGUCUUGCAAAUGUGCGGAAAGCAACCGUCGAUUCAGAUAUUUCAGAGCACAACGGCCGUGCGCGGGACUCCCCUAGAACAUUUUUACGGAGGUCUUCAGGAACAAGAAAGGAAAAGAUGGAAAACGAUUCGCAGCAGCCCGCCGUGUACAAACAGUUUUCAUUCAGCAGUGCUUCGAGACAAGGUUGCCGAGAAACAGCUUCGAAGGCAAAUCGCGAAGGACGCGGAGCACCGUCUACGCCUUACAGACAGGGAGAGAAAGCAACGUACAAAGCCGACGGUAAAGUUCCAGCACCUGACGGUCGACACGAAGAACAAGCCAGGCAAGGUUGCGUGGAGUACCGACGUUUUCAUGCUACUGUGUCCGAGGUGAGCCACUCUGGCGAUCAGUCCUCGACAAUGAACAAGUAUGUGUCGUUGGAGUGCCUCGCGUCUCGCCACGGUACUACAACUGCUCUUGGUGACCUCGGUAAGGACCCUGGCAUAUACCGCACUUAUAGCGGAUCCGUGGAGACGUCUUUCGAUUCUCACGUUGGGAGACAGCAGGUAUGUCAGGCUAAAUCGAAAGUACGCGAAUCACUCCGUUAUCCACUGAGAGCUGACAGCGCGGCAAGUCCAGUGCUGAUCCUUAGGGGCGUCCUAUCCCCGCAGCGUGUCAGAAGCUAUUCGCAGCAAAGAGGGAAUGAAACUGCUCGACUAUCCGUAGAGGAAUCUUCCGGAGACACGUCUCCACCUUUAGAAAAGAAGCAACUGAGGUUCUCGUCGCCUCCAGUGCCCCAGGAAAGCGGGCGACAUUGGAAAGAUUAUAAACAACUCAUCAAAAGUGAAGAGAUGCACAGGGCACGCCCCACAAAAUUGCAUACUGAAGUCAGCAGAAGUGACAUGCGGUACGAUGAAGUUUCGCACUGGAUAGAAACCGGCCGUACAUGGCCGAUCGACGACGACCGUAAGCACGCUUCAGCUGGGAAGAACGGACAAAGAUUUACUUUUUCUAAGCGCGAUCUAAGUGACCAUUCUAGGCGUACCAGGCUACCUGCAUCACACACCACUGAACAUGCUCCCCGUGGAGGACGCGACAAAAACGCUUUACCGUCCGAACGACGAGAACCAGUGAGAGAAGAACCAUGUCGAAAAGCUAAGUGGCCUCUUACGGGAGAUCACGACGAGGGCGGGUCACCGUGUAGAAGUAUUUCACGUCAAGAGCAAUUUCGCGUGUCUAAGAUCGACCGAGAACAAAAUGUCCGUCGAGCCGAACCAUCACUGAAAGCGCCUGACAGAAGAGGACCGCCUUCGGUAAAAACCCGCUACGUCCAAUCCAUUGAAUCGCGUUCGUUCUCCUUCAAUGUUAAGAAGCCUUCGGUAACGCCCAGUGGAUUUGAAGGAGACGUACAGUCGCUGUUCUAUAGCUGCGGCGUUGGACAGGACCAGUUAGAAUCGGGCGCUGGUGACAGCGAGGCCCGCGACGACUUACGGGAGACAUCCUGGAGCCCGCUAAGUAACGCCCUUCCCCCCAUGGUUCAGAAGACGCUCGAGGACAGACAAAAAGCGCUCAGAUGCAUACGGCGUGAAAAUUAUUACGGCAACGAUAUGGCUUUGCUCCACAAGCUCCAGAAUGCGUCGUGUCACAAUUUAAUGCUCAUAGGCGGCAUUUCGUUCAACCAGCCUGCAGAAUACCUAGAUGGGUCAGCUAUGCUGUUGUACCAUCCUGGUCAGGAUGCAUGGUUCUUCAUUGGCACAAUGCCGGAACCCCGAUGUUUUCAUGCUGCCGUUCUCGUUGGUAACGACGUCAUAGUGACGGGAGGGCUGGAUCCUCUGGCAGUCGAUGACAUGGGAAAGAUGCGGUCAUCCAACAAGACUUUUCGAUUCAAUUUACGGUCUCUCGCUUGGCGCACGGUAUCGAACAUGGUUCACGAGAGAGCAUACCACGUAGCCGUAUCGUUGGAAGAAAAGGUUUACGUGUUUGGCGGCAAGGACAACUCUAACAAAAUAAUUCCAAGUGCCGAAGUAUAUUCCACUAAAAACGACCAAUGGCGAUUGAUCCAUCCGAUGCCGAAGCCAAUGAUGGGAGUUGGAGCAACGGCCCUAAAUGGCAAAAUAUGGCUUGUGGGAGGGAUCAAGGGUAGUCGCUGCGGUAGAAGGGUCCUGCAAAGCGCUGUGUAUUCCUUCGACCCGAAGGCCGAUUCGUGGUGCCCUGGAACACCGAUGCUCCAGAGUAGGGCAUUCUGUUCCGCGGUGACCGUGUCCAAGGAGAUCUGGGUGGUUGGUGGUAUCGUGGACGUGCAAGGGAUGCAGUGUACCUCCCGUAUAGAUGUUUUUGAUCCCGCAAAGGGUUCCUGGGAGCGACGCGAUGACCUCGCUUGUCCUAUUCACUCCGUGCGCAUCACUAAGGCAGGUCCUCUUGUUUACUUUGUCGGCGGUCAAACAUCGGAUAAUAAAUUAAGUUCGGACGUUAGCUGUUUUGAUCGCCGGAAAGGCGUUUUUCACAACGCCAUGGCCCAGCAGCCCAGGGCUGUGGCGGGAAGCACAGCCCUCGGAAUUCCAAAAGACCGCAUGGCGCUAAGGAGCCGCCCAUGGCCAGCUAUCGAUGCCACAAAACUGGAACGCUGGAAUGCUGCUGUCACUAUUCAGCGUGCGUUCCGCUUGUAUCUCAAAGCAGGGACGCUGAAAAAGAUGCCUCUGCGUCGGCGCUCUCGUCUAAGCGCCAGCGCGCGCCCCAGUUCCCUUUUACCUGAAGCUAGCAACCACUGGGCAGCCGUACACAUAGAGAAAUGGCCUCCGUCGAUCACCUCAUCUUUCGAUCUAGACUCUAUUACUGGAGAUGGCGCACUUGAUCGGGAUAAUUACGUCCACUACGCAACCCUAUCCAGGAGAAUGGAUCCUAACCUUGGCCUCAUAGACCGUAUGGACGACUCUUUUCUGAAGACGAAGAAAGUGCUUGGGCUGCGAAUGACCCCGGAUACUCUGUGGAAGGACAUUGGUAGAAUGCGCAAAGCGAGGUCGGUCAACGAUCCCGCUGAUCCAGUUAUUCUUGUGCUCGGAGGAUUAAACCCCAGAAGCCCACUGUGCCGUGGAAUUGGAUCUGCAGUGCUUAAGCUCCGGCCCUUGAGAAACCGAUGGUCUUACGUGAACAGCGUUCCUGAACCGAGAUGCUACCAUGCUGCCGUCUACAUCAGGAAUAAAGUCUUCGUCAUUGGUGGGUAUUCUUACUUUGUGCGGCGCUGCGGAGAAAUGGUAGCAUGCAGAACCAUGUACUGCCUCGACGUGCCUGCAAAAAAGUGGGAACGCGCUCCAGAUAUGUCGUCGCCUAGAGCCUGCCAUUCAGCUGUUGUUGCAGACGAUGGGUGCAUUUAUGUCUUCGGAGGGAGAGGGCACCAUGGAAGGCUACUCUCAUCUGUCGAGAAAUAUGAUACGAAUAAUAGGCGUUGGGAGACUCGGGCUUCAAUGGCAGAACCCCGAAUGGGCAUGGCGGCAGUGUUCUUCUCUGGGUCGGCAUGGCUACUUGGUGGAAUAGCAGAUGACCGCGUUCUCGCUGACGUCAUCACAUAUACACCGGGGACAAACUGCUGGAACACGUGUCGAGCUCUACGUGUUCCAAGGGCGUACGCAUCUGCUGUCGUGCUUGGCGAGGAGCUGUGGCUCUGUGGAGGUUGCCGGCAUGAUGGCGCAGGACUGCCAGUCAGCAUGUCAUCUGUGGACGUUCUUUGCCCUGCUUCUGCAGGCGCUUGCUGGAGGCGCGUGUGCACAAUGGAUGUGGCAAGGCAUUCAGCUGCAGCUGUUGCUUUAGGAUUAUGUCUGUACGUCAUGGGCGGUGUGAACAGCGACCAGUGGUGCAGCAUAUCAAAAACCAGCGUCUUGUUCACAGAGCGUGGUGCGAUAACAGUAGCGAGUGAACUUCCAGUGCCUGUCACGGGACACGCCGCUGUGGUCAUCCCUGCGGACCAUCCGCGCAAACUUCCUUCUCGAUGGAACGAGGCACUGUAAUGGAAGCUCGCAUCCAAUAAUCAUUAGACGUCUGUAUGAAGGCAAUACGGAACUGUUUGAAUCGUACAGUAUACCCAAAUAGGCCUACUUCUACAAUUUGAAUUAUAUUAAAGUAUGUACAGCAAUCGAC